AUGGCUGCUUCUGUUGUGACAUUAUUCCAAUGGAGGCUCAACUCUAUGCUCCUGCAAGAGAAUGAAAUUCUUUUGGGUGUCAAGGAUCAAAUUGAGUCGCUCAUUAACAAACUUGAUGCGGUUGGAAGCUUUACGGGAGAUGUGGACAGGAUCUUGGGAAGAGACAGUUAUCAUCCAACAUGGGCGAGUGAGUUGAGGGGAAUGCUCUGUGAAGCAGAGGAUUUUGUUGAUGAUUUCGUAAUUAAGGUGUUUGGGCAAACUGAGAAGGACCGGGAAGACUCUAUUGCCAAGUUUGGAAAUGAACUCCAGAACAUCAACUCAAGAGUCUCAGAAAUCUUGAACAGAAGACCUAGACUUGAGGCCUCCCUGAUGUUAGAAGAGAUUCAUCGGUUUGUCAGAUCAAACUUUGUUUUUGAUGAAGAUAAGGAAACUGCUCUUGCCUCUUGCAUGUUAAAUUACAUAAAUCUACCCUAUGACCUUAAACUCUCUUUGCUAUUUUACUGUGCCUUUCUUGGGAGGUAUGGACGAACAAAAGGUGCAUUAGUUCAAGUUCUGGUAGCGGCAGAUUCCAUUAUACCUCCAACAGCUCGUCAUGUAUCAAUUCAUGACGCAGAAAACACCAUCACAAACAUGAACAGUCUCGUACAUUCACUGUUUGUUUCUGAAAAGGAAGGCCUUUCAGAGGCCAGCUCAGAUUGUUUGGAAACUGUGUUGUACAAUGCAAAACGUGUGCGAGUAUUGGGCUUAGAAAAGACACAACUCAAGAGCUUGCCUGACGUAGUAGGGAAAUUGGUGAACCUAAGGCAUUUGAGUGUGAGGCAGUCCAAAAUAAAUGAGCUUCCUGAGAGCAUCAGCAAUCUUGGGAACCUACAAACCAUGGAUAUCUCCUGGUCUGGGAAUGAAUUUGAGCUGUCAAAUGGAGUUUUGAAUCUUGCACAACAGAGGCACCUGAAGAUGUUUCGGCCUAGGAAUGCUGGUGAGGUUAGAGUUCCACGAGGUAUCUCAAGACUCAGAAACCUCCAGACUCUAGAAGGUAUAUACGCGGGUGGUGGCAUUGCCAAGGAGUUAGGCAACAUGACACAACUCAGAUCACUCGAAGUGAGAAGUGUAUCAGAGGAUCAUGCAGGUGAGCUAUAUGCCUUCUCUUACUGUGGAGGGGGAGAGGGUCUCACACAACUCCAGCAGCUCACUUCAGUACGAGAAUUCGCUUUUCCCCUGCUUAGAAUCCUUCUCACCUCCACCAUUACUUCAAAAACUUACGCUAACCGGGCAUUUAAUCAAGAUGCCUGUUUGGCUUGGCUCAAUGGAGAACCUCACCAAUUCCUUCCCAAUCUGAAAUAUCUUCUAUUGAAGCAUGCUUACAAAGGGAAGCGCAUGGAAAGAGAGUUCUUCAGAGCUGGAGGAUUCCCAAAAUUGGAGUUCCUGAAAAUUGAUUCUACUGUUCUGGUGGAAUGGACAGAGAUUGAAGAGGGGGCACUGCCUUCCUUAAAACAACUAUGUUUUUUCAACUGCACGAAACUGAUGGUUCUGCCUGAAGGACUGCAACAUGCAACCACACUCCAAAUAUUGGAUUUGUGGAAUGUGCACGAGGAUCUUAUUCGGAGAUUGAGGUCCAAUGGAGGUCCAAAGAACUAUAAGAUCAAACACAUUCCACUACUUAAAUAUCUUGGGCAUAUGAGUUCUUCGGGGGAAUUUUGGAGGAGAAAGCCUCCCCAAUGA